GGGCGCGGGAGGGACCACGCGCGGCUCGCUCCGCUCCUGCCCUUCGCCUCCCCGCCGCCGCUUUAUCCACCCCCCUCCUGGUGUUUCUCCCCCCCCCCCCUUUCCCGGAUUAGGCGGCGAUCAAUCCUUUCUCCCCGCCGCGGCUGUUGAGAAACAGGUGAUCCUCGUUAGCGGCGGCCGGCUCGCGGAUGCGGUUCGCUCCUCGAAGGAUGGUGGUACCGGGCGAGGCUCCGUCGGCGUAACUUCUGCUUGGCAAGAGGAGAAACUUUCUGCCCCGCUUCGAAGGCGUUAAAAGCGCGUAGCGUUAAAAAGCAGAAGGAGUUGGUUUCAAAGCUGAACUUCACUUUCCUGGGAUUUGUGUGUGUCAGACUCAAAGGCUGCGGCGUUUUUGCUUUUCUUUUUUUGUAUUUUUUUUUUUUCUUCCCUUCUCCUUUAUCUCCCGAAAGGAAACUGUUGCUAGUUGGAAUAGACUUUUUAAAUGUUUGGGAUUCAAGAUACUUUAGGAAGAGGACCAAUUCUGAAAGAUAAAUCUCUAGGUUCUGAGAUGGAUUCCGUCAGGUCCUGGGUCAGAAACGUUGGGGUUGUGGAUGCAAACGUAGCAGCACAAAGCGGAGUAGCUUUGUCCAGAGCCCACUUUGAAAAGCAGCCACCCUCCAACUUGAGGAAAUCCAAUUUCUUUCACUUUGUUCUGGCUCUCUACGACAGACAGGGGCAGCCCGUGGAAAUAGAGAGGACAGCUUUUGUGGACUUUGUAGAAAAUGAUAAAGAGCAAGGCAACGAGAAGACGAACAACGGCACACACUACAAACUGCAGCUCCUCUACAGCAACGGUGUCAGGACCGAGCAGGAUCUCUAUGUCAGGCUCAUCGACUCGGUCACCAAGCAGCCCAUAACUUACGAGGGACAGAACAAGAACCCCGAGAUGUGCAGAGUGCUGCUCACCCACGAAGUCAUGUGCAGCCGGUGCUGCGAGAAGAAAAGUUGCGGCAACAGGAACGAGACUCCGUCCGACCCCGUGAUCAUCGACAGAUUCUUCUUAAAAUUUUUUCUCAAGUGCAAUCAGAACUGCUUGAAAACAGCAGGAAACCCAAGAGACAUGAGACGGUUCCAGGUUGUGCUAUCAACAACAGUGAACGUUGAUGGGCACGUGCUGGCAGUGUCUGACAACAUGUUUGUUCACAACAACUCCAAGCACGGACGGAGAGCGAGGAGACUUGACCCCUCAGAAGCCACCCCCUGCAUCAAAGCCAUCAGCCCCAGCGAAGGGUGGACCACGGGCGGGGCCAUGGUCAUCAUCAUCGGGGACAACUUCUUCGAUGGGCUGCAGGUCGUCUUUGGGACCAUGCUGGUGUGGAGUGAGCUCAUCACCCCUCACGCCAUCCGAGUCCAGACGCCUCCCCGGCACAUUCCCGGCGUGGUGGAAGUGACAUUAUCCUACAAAUCCAAACAGUUCUGCAAAGGUGCACCAGGCAGGUUUAUUUACACAGCUCUAAAUGAACCUACCAUAGAUUAUGGCUUCCAAAGACUGCAGAAGGUCAUCCCAAGACAUCCUGGUGACCCUGAAAGACUAGCUAAGGAGAUGCUGUUGAAACGAGCUGCUGACCUGGUGGAGGCCCUGUAUGGGACACCCCACAACAACCAGGACAUCAUCCUGAAGAGAGCGGCCGACAUCGCCGAGGCCCUGUACAGCGUUCCCAGGAAUCCCGGGCAGCUCCCGGCGCUGUCCAGCUCCCCUGCCCACAGCAGCAUGAUGGGCAUCAACUCCUACGGCAGCCAGCUGGGCGUCAGCAUCUCCGACUCCACCCAGGGCAACAACCAAGGUUAUAUCCGGAACACCAGCAGCAUCUCCCCCCGGGGUUACUCCUCCAGCUCCACCCCCCAACAGUCCAACUACAGCACGUCCAGCAACAGCAUGAACGGCUACAGCAACGUGCCCAUGGGCAACCUGGGCGUGCCGGGCUCGCCGGGCUUCAUCAACGGCUCUCCCACGGCAUCGCCCUACGGAUUGAUGUCCUCCAGCCCCACCGUUGGCUCCUCCAGCACUUCUUCCAUCCUCCCCUUCUCGUCCUCCGUCUUCCCCGCUGUCAAACAGAAGAGUGCCUUUGCUCCUGUCAUCAGACCCCAAGGGUCUCCUUCCCCUGCCUGCUCCAGUGGCAAUGGAAAUGGCUUUAGAGCCAUGACUGGUCUUGUCGUUCCCCCGAUGUAAGGAAGGGGCAGCUUUGCCUCCUCUCCCUCUUCCCUUUUUUUCCUCUUUUUUUUUUGUUUUUAUUUCAUUUUUCUUUUACAGCACAAAACUACUUAUUGUGAUGGACCACUAAAAAGAAAAAAAAAAUAGCACUACAAGCUCUUUUUUUGAAGGGAAAGCCAGGCCCAGGAAAAAGCAAACAAACAAACAAACAAAAAAUGAACCAACAAAAAAAAAGGAACAUUUUUUAUGGAUUGGACAAGACAGAAAUCUGCAUCUUUUACCUGUUUAACGUUUCUGACACAACCACAUCAACUCUUCAAACAUUGUGAAGGAAGAAUCAGCCAGAGCCAGGAUGAACAAGAGUCAGCAGAACGGAAUCAGAAAUGCAAAGUCUUUCCUGGAAGACACAAAAACCUUCCUGAGAUUUGUAAAAUAUUCAAAGGGAAAAAAAAAAAAAAAAGAAAAAAAAAAAGAAAAAAAAAAAGAAAUUGGCAAAAAAAACCACGAUUCAAGCUUGAUAUUUUGGAUACAAUUUGUUUUACUUUGUAGGGGUAAAAAGCUGAAGUUUCUAUUUUCUAUGGAGCCUUUCAGAUAUCGAUUUAGUUUAUGCAGAAAAAAAACAAACAAUUCAACAAAACAGGGUACCAGCAUGAAAGAAUUUCUAGGACAAACUGACAUGAAUGAUGGAACUUUGGUGUAUGUGUGUAUUUGCUUAUAGUUUAACCUCUUUAAAAAAAAAAUGUAAGAUGUUUUACAAUUAUUUAAAUAAAUAAACUUGUAACUUAUUGUAUGUAGAGGUAGAAAUUAAAACCCUUUUUUGGAUUUUUUCCUCCAGCUGUACAAUGAAGAAAGAUGAUGCAAAAAUGUAGUGAUAAGUUUGAGAUAUUAUUAUUACUGCUGCAACUGCUCCUCACUUUUUUCCCCCCCCUCUUACUGAAUUCAUGUGCAAGGAUGUAUAGGAUUCUUUCUGAUGAACAAAACCAUCACAGACUUUUGUGGUUUUAAUCCAUGUAUGAAUUUUUUCCCCCUCCUCGUCUUCCCCCCCCAACACCUUGCAAUUUUUUUGUCUCAAUUAAAAAUAUUCAGGUACUGAGAUGAACUGCUAAAAAGUCUCAAAGCCCCAACUGGUGAUUUGGGAUUUGGGAUUUGAAUGGAUCGGGUUUUUUCAUGAGGUACUGAGAUUAUUUUAGAGAUUCAGUGUAUGAAUUUAGGAGGGAAAGGGUUCUCCGGGGUUUUCCAUGUAGUUAGAACACCUUAAGUUCAGUUAUACUUCAUAUUAAAGGGUGCAUUUAUCAAGGGUGAAUAUGUAUUUGAAUAAUAUAUGCACUUUUAUCCUGAGUCAUUAAAAAUGGUAAGUAUUUUCCAGUUAUAUAUUGAAGUUCAUAGAGGUAAUCGAUUGCUUUGGAUUUUUCUGCAUUUUAGGGUUAAAAAAAACCCAAAACACAACACAGGUUUAGUUCUCCUUUGCAUCUCCUCUCCUGAAAUUGGAAGGUGGGAACCAGUCUGAUAAAAUAAAUCACUACUUAUCUGACUAAACCACUCAAAAGCACUGGAUUGUUGGAAAGGCAGUUUUAGUGGAGGAAAAAAAAAUGAGUUCCACUGCAGAGACCCCACCAAAACCCCACAGUUCCCAUGGAGAGCUGUCCCUCUGGAAAUGCCUGGAUGUUAAUAAAUAAAUCUUCAUAUGGCCCCUUGAACCUGUACUUGUCCAUGUGCCCAGGAGUUUUAGGGAUGGGGGAGGAAAACUGUGUCCUUGGUGAUCCUUAGCUGUGGGAGAAGAUGUUCUGGACGUGGGAUGGUGGAGCUGGAACAACUCCCACUUUUCCCAGCUGAUGGGAGAAAUGUGUUUAAUGGGUUGAAAUGGAUUUAGGAAGCACAAGGAUGUGUUUCUUAAGCAGGGCAGAAGAGACAAACUGGGCUGCUCUGCUCCUUCCUGAAGAUGUUCCACUUGUUGGGAAGGAAUUUCCUAUCCCUGGCUGGGUUGGGAGGUUUGGUGGGGUCUUCCUGAGGUGCCUUCUCAGUGCUGUUAUAUUCCAUUUUAGAAGGGGGCAGCAGGUUUAUUGUCUUCUAAAACCCAAGGCCUGGUCUAUGAUAUCAGAUUAGAAGUGAUUUUAGGGAGGUUUGGUGGGAAUAAUGUGUUUUUAAGCAGCAUGAACACAGUUAGGGGCUUCCAGCCAGGCUGCACCAAGUGUCUGCACUCCAGAAAAAAGAGGAAAUAAAAGAAUUUCAGCUUUCUGAUUGACACUGUGGGUUCUUUGUGCCAUCAAGGAUGGGGCAACCAGCAACCCCAAAGCCAAGUGAUGCCUGGAAUAUGAAGGAAUCCCAGGGGUUGGGAAGCCUGGAGCUGUCACUGCAGGUUGACCUUUGGUAGCACAGGGUCUGACCUGCUCGUGGAUGUUCAGAACAGCAAAACAGCCACAAAAAACCCUCCAAACCCCAAAAUAUUUCAUUCAUUCAUAGGUACCAACAUCCCAGCGAGACUGGGAGGUCUGAAUUCAUGCUUGGGAUUGGGCAUAAAACCCAGAUUGAGGGUUAGUAGAGCUGGGAUUAAACCUCCCAUAAAUUUCAGUGAAAACUACAUUGAGCCCUAAAUUUAAAAAAAUUAUCUUGGAUCAGGCUCAUUUUUAUAUUUUGACCUACUAAAACACCCCAAACAGCUCCAAAGCAUUACAAUGUUGGAUUUUUCCCCCCCUCUGCCCUGCUCUGCACGGGCUACUUUUAAAAUUUAUCAUCAAACAGAUUCAAAAUUCCAAGUCCAACAAACAUUCCAGACCAACAGAAAUUUCUAGACCCCCUGCUCCUUUUUUUUUUUUAACAAAUAAGAUUUCCAUUACAAAAUCUCAGUUAGAAAGACUUCCAAUUUAAAAAAUUUGAGAUAUUUCAUGGCAAAAAACCCCUCUUUUGUUCAUCGUCCAGCCUUUCUUUUUUGACCAUUGCUUAGUCAGCACGUGAAAAAAAGAUCCACCACAUCACUGAAGGCUUGGGAAGAUUCAGGGGGAAAAAUUUACAGGCUGGCAAUAAAAAAAAAAAAAACCAAACCAAAACAAGGAAAGUUCCUGAAACA